CGUCCCGCGAUGCCGUCCGAUCCGAUAGAACUGCAUCGCAACCAACCAGGUCUCGCGGUAAUGUAAUGAUUUUCCUUUGAAACAAUUGCUCUGCUGGAACUGGAAAUGCAUCCUCUCUGUCAGUCAACUCUGCCAUGCAUGAUGAAAUGCAUCCGCCACUUAUGUUGCAUCAUCUCCUUAGUUGUGAUGCACAGCCAAAUUCUCCAUCAAGCACACACUGCACACUCCUUGAAUGUCCAUGUUCUUGACGGCUCCUAUAAAUACAUCCAACCCUUCAAUCCCAUGCCUCAUCUAAUCUCUCCCUACCUUGUUGUGAUCCUUCUUCAGACUAUCUGGGAGCCCUGACCAACAAUGCCACCGCUGAGACUACCCGUCCUCGUCAUCGUACUCCUGUCCACCUUCUGGGCCCCUUCCACUGCCGUGCGCAGCUCGACGCUGCACCUCGCACGCUCGCACUCCGUCUCGCCCGACGCCGGGGCACCGAUCACCGCAUGGGCGGCCUCCCUCGCUGCCCAGUCCGCGGCGGACGCAGCACGCGUGGCCACGCUCGCCGCGGGCUCCGGCAACACCAAGAAAGGCGGCCGUCGCUCGUUCGUGCCGAUCGCGCCGGGCCGGCAGAUCCUGAGCAUCCCCAACUACGUCGCCCGCGCGCGCCUCGGCACGCCGGCGCAGACGCUGCUCGUGGCCAUCGACCCCAGCAACGACGCCGCGUGGGUGCCGUGCGGCGGCUGCACGGGAUGCGCCCCCUCGGCGCCGUCGUUCGCCCCGACGCUGUCGUCCACGUACCGCCCCGUGCGCUGCGGCUCGCCGGAGUGCGCGCAGGUGCCGAGCCCGUCGUGCCCCGGAGGUGCGGGCGCGUCGUGCGCGUUUAACCUCACGUACGCGGCGUCCACGUUCCAGGCACUGCUGGGGCAGGACUCGCUCGCACUCGAGAACAGCGUCGCCGCCGCGUCGUACACGUUCGGGUGCCUCCACGUCGUGACGGGAAGCUCUGUGCCGCCGCAGGGGCUCGUCGGCUUCGGCCGUGGGCCGCUGUCGUUCCUGUCGCAGACCAAGGACGUGUACGGCUCGGUCUUCUCGUACUGCCUCCCGAGCUACAAGUCCUCCAACUUCUCGGGCACGCUUAGGCUCGGCCCCAUCGGCCAGCCGAAGAGGAUCAAGGCGACGCCAUUGCUAUCCAACCCCCAUCGCCCUUCCCUCUACUACGUGAACAUGAUCGGGAUCCGCGUCGGCGGCAAGCCCGUGCCGGUCCCGGCGUCCGCUCUGGCGUUCGACCCGGCCAGCGGGAGGGGCACCAUCCUCGACGCCGGGACGAUGUUCACGCGGCUGUCGGCGCCGGUGUACGCCGCCGUGCGCGACGCGUUCCGGCGCAGGGUGCGGGCGCCGGUGGCGGGGCCGCUCGGCGGGUUCGACACGUGCUACAACGUGACGGUCGCGGUGCCGACCAUCAGCUUCACGUUCGCGGGGCCGGUGGCGGUGACGCUGCCCGAGGAGAACGUGGUGAUCCGCAGCUCGUCGGGCGGCGUGGCGUGCCUGGCGAUGGCGGCGGGGCCGGCGGACGGCGUGGACGCGGCGCUCAACGUGGUGGCCAGCAUGCAGCAGCAGAACCACCGCGUGCUCUUCGACGUCGCCAAUGGCCUCGUCGGCUUCUCCCGCGAGCUGUGCACGGUCUGAAUCAAGUGGAACGUACUUCUAUUUGAAAUGGAUGCUGCGUACUCUCUAGUUCUAGGCACUGUGUAUGACAUGUCGUGUUUUCUUGAUUUUAUGGACCAGAUAAGCUGAGCUGUGGAGUGAAAUCUGUGGAGUGAAACUACUUAGCACUUGGAAAUGGCAAGGCGCCCGUCUAGCUCAGUCGGUAGAGCGCAAGGCUCUUAACCUUGUGGUCGUGGGUUCGAACCCCACGGUGGGCGUUCUACUUUUUUUCCCCUCCAUUUUUUUUAACUGAACAAUUGAACUACAAGUUCUUCACGCAUGAACAGCACAGAUUCUGUAA